AUGGAGACUCUUCACGUCGACCCAACGGUUGGGCUUAUAGCCUGUUGCGAAUGUGGAAUAGGAAUUCAACCUAAUGCAGCAAAUAUGUGUAGUGGAUGCUUAAGAUCAAAAGUUGAUAUAACAGAAGGAAUUACUAGAACAUGCACAAUCUAUAUGUGUAAAUUCUGUGAACGUUACUUUGUCCCUCCAAGUGGAUGGAUGAGAGCACAACUUGAAUCGAAAGAAUUAUUAUCAAUCUGUUUAAAGAAGUUGAAACCAUGUAUGACCAAAGUCAGGCUAACUGAUGCUGUAUUUGUUUGGACUGAGGAACAUUCGAAGAGAAUUCGAGUUAAAAUUACAGUUCAGAAAGAAGUUUUCGCCAACACAAUCUUGCAACAAACCCUUAUCGUUGAAUUCACAGUACAUAAUCAGAUGUGUGAUGAUUGUCGGCGAGCUGAAGCCAAAGACUUUUGGAGAGCUUGUGUACAAGUUCGUCAGAAAUCUCAAUAUAAGAAGACUCUUUUCUAUCUCGAACAACUUCUUCUUAAGCAUAAUGAACAUAAAAAUUGCUCUGGAGUGAAGCCCGUACCAACCGGUAUUGACUUCUUCUUCCCCAAAAUACAGGAUGCUAGACGAUUAGUCGAUUUCAUUCAAACAGUACUGCCUGCUACUUCCCAUUAUGCUCAAGAAUUGGUAUCACAUGACACGAAAAGUAACACUUACGAUUACAAGCACACGUUCUGCGUCGAGAUCGUCCCGAUCUGCAGAGAUGAUAUUGUUAUUCUUCCAAAGCAUGUCGCACAAAGUUUGGGUAAUAUGUCCCAAAUCGUUGUAUGUUUGAGAGUUUCAAACGUUAUUACUCUUAUGGAUCCUGCUAAACUUCAAAUGGCUGAUGUUCCAUGCUUAGCCUACACGAAAGAUCCUUUCUUUGCUCUUUGUAGUCCAAAACAGUUAACGAAGUUCUAUGUUCUUGAUGUUGAGCAAAUUCACAAUUUGGAGAGAGGAGCUGGUCAUGGUUUUGUGAGUAAGAAGCAUAUAUUAGCUGAUGUUUGGUUGGUAAAAUAUGAUCAGGUUGGAAGGACAGAUGCCGAGACUUUCUCAGCUAGAACACAUAUAGGACAGUAUUUGCAUCCUGGAGAGGUAGUUUACGGUCUUGAUCUCAAGAACUGCAACGUAAACAAUGAACUGUUCGAUGCUAUGAAACCCGAGAAUGUUCCUGAUGUCAUCAUAGUCAAAAAGGUUCGGGAUCGCACACGUAGAGCUGAGAAGCGCAGAUGGAAGUUGAAGAGACUUGUCAUAGAUGGUAACAUCGUUGGAAACGAAACAGAAAGUGUUGCAGAUGAAUUCCAAACAUUCAUGGAAGAUAUUGAGGAUGAUGCUUUGAUGAGAGAGAAAAUUAAUAUCUAUAAGGAUGCAUCUAAACAAGUCAGAUGUGAGGAGACCGACGAUGAUGAACCAUUACCUGAAGGACCAACAAUCGAAGAAAUGCUGGAGGACUUCACGUUGAAUGACCGAGAAGACGACAUGGAAAGAGAAACGGGAGAGGAAACGGGAGAAGAAGGGGAGACAAUGGAUAUAAACUAA